GGUGGAGAAACUGGGGACCCAGAGCGCGAGAGAGGGAGCUAGAGCGAGCUAGAGCGAGGAGCUAGAGCGCGCUAGAGCGAGCUAGAGCGAGCCGCGCCGCCUGCCCAGCCCACGCUACCAUGCUGGAGAGCCAGACCAUUCUGAUUGCUGGUGCCCUGUUGCUGCUGCUCCUGGCCUGGAAAUUCAGAAACUUCUUGGUUUUUUUCUGGCACGAACAAAUCCUACCGUUCAUCAAAGACUUCAUGUCGGGCCUGAGCAAAGAGGAGCGAAUCCUGGACUGGGUAAAGCAGCAUGCGGUGGUGGGCGAUCCCCAGAGCGUGUUGGACACCAUCGACCAGUACUGUUACCAGAAGGAGUGGGCCAUGAAUGUAGGCGAUGUCAAAGGUCUGAUCGUGGACAAGGUCAUAGAGGAGGUCAAGCCCAAGAUCCUGCUGGAGCUGGGAACAUACUGCGGCUACUCCGCCGUGAGGAUGGCCCGCCUGCUGCCCCCCGGCGGGCACCUCUUCUCCAUCGAGUGCAAUGAGAGCUUCGCGGCCAUUGCCCAGCAGGUCAUCGAGGUGGCCGGCCUGCAAGAUAAGAUUUCAAUACUGAAAGGGCCCUCCCAGGAAAUCAUCCCCCAGCUGAAGAAGAAGUAUGAAAUCAACACAGUCGAUAUGGUCUUCCUGGACCACUGGAAGUCCUGCUAUGUUCCAGACACCAAGCUCCUAGAGGAGAGCGGCGUCCUUCGGAAGGGGUCGGUGCUCCUGGCCGACAAUGUCAUCUGCCCCGGGGCUCCAGACUUUCUGGAGUACGUUCGGAACAGCCAACGCUACGAAUGCACCAACUACCCUGCCACUGUGGAGUACAUGCACAUGAACGACGCUCUGGAGAAGGCCGUGUUCUUGGGCUGAAGGCGGUGCUUGGGCAGGGGAGGGGGAGGAGCUACAAGGUGGGGAGCCACGGAGAAGGGGGGGAGCCUGGGCCAGGGCCCCCGGGGCCUCACCAGCCUUUUCUACUUUCUUCAAGUAAAAAAUCCAUACUCCACA